GUUUCGUCGGGUUUUAUGUUCGUCGCUGUUCGAUUUCGAGGGAGUUUAUUGCAAAUUCGGUAAUUUUUUUUGGGGCCAUUGUUUCAGUUGUGUGUUCGCUAUACUAUGGUUCACAUUUGCUUUAAUUUUCGGGAGAAUAAAUGGUACUGUUACGGCAUUAUAGGCGUAAUGGUUUGGAGUAUAACUCAAUCUUCGUGUCAGAACCUCUACAACGACCCCAGAGUUUUCAACCCGCACCCCUAUCAACAUCAAUUCGCCAAAAUGUUGAAUCCGGGCCCCGUGGUUUUUCCAACCAGUCCCGACGAAGGUGCUUCUAGUAUAAGCAACCGAUACAACAUAAUCACUUUGAAUAGUGUCAAUAGCAACCCUGAAGCUGGGCCUUAUCCCGAAGUCGCGAGGAAAAUUAAAUUCACAUUUACCGGCCAAAGUGAAAAACAGGAUAACGAAGUAGAUUCCGAAGUGUACAGGGCACUAGGAGAACACGGGGCCAGAGUUCUUUCUUUUUCACCACAGGAUCUGCAGGCGUACGGCGGAUCUGCCCACAUACAACAAAAGAAAAACUACGCGUUCUCGUACAAAGUGCUCGAUCGUUUGACGGGUGACGACUUCUCACACGCGCAGACCAGAAACGCCAAAGCGACGAGCGGCGAAUACAGGGUGAAACUGCCGGACGGUAGGCUCCAGAUCGUUUCCUACAAGGCGGACAAGAACGGAUACAAGGCGGACGUGAAAUACGAAACAGGAGCGGAAGAAUCGGCUCAAAAUUUUGUUCACGCUCCGGCGAUAUUAAGAAACUCAGACGACUACGUGUCUCGCGAUGUUAGUAUACAGCGUGUUCCAGUCAGAGAGCUCGAAGUAACAAACGUUUUGCGGGGGUACGAUUACUUGGAUGUCCCAGCGUUACGUCAUCAGUCAAUACCGAUCGUAAAGUCGCCGAACGUCGAAAUUUACACAUCCAACGCACGUGACUACCAUACCGGUAAUUUUAUACCCACAACACAAGCUACCCCGAUUCAGAGGGCGUCUACGCCAAUAAGGUAUACUUCCACCCCUGUUCCCCCGACCGCUCAGCCGCAUGUCGUAAUCAACGCGGAACGAGGGUUGAUAAAUCCAAACCAGCAAACCUAUAUUCGCGAAAACCAACAGGUCAUCUCGAGCACCUUCGCUCCGAUCGUGGUGGCAGACGAUCACCAUAACAUUCACGACGAUAGUAAACCGGUCGUUGUUAGUAGGAAUGGGGUCGCAACGGUCGUCCCUGAGCUUCCCGAGGGUAUAUAUAUCGUCGGCGGCGGUGGAAGUUUGGGGAAGAAGAGGUAAUAUUGACCGUGGGUAACAUUUCUCUCACUUCUUAUUAUUAUUUGAUAAACUUCUUGCCAUUGUUAAAUUCAAUUUCAAUAUUAUACCACACUUUUUCGGUGUGUUUGAAGGGAUUAUAUAUUUUUUUUAAUUUUCGCCUAUUAAAAGUAACAACUUAUUCAUUGUCACUGUAAUUAUGUAUCCUAAGUAAUUGU